CAAAGGGACAGCUGAAUCGAGCUUGGUGUACUCCAUUGGCACCUCCUUACCGCCGCACACAUAUGUCCUUAUAUAUAAAAUCCCGCUAUUCUUGAGCACAGAAUUUCGCUCCCCCUUGCCCGUUGCUUUUCUCUCCAUCUCACGUCGAGUCAACGUUAACAGGAUGCUCCUCAAAUUUUCAAAGUCGGAUAUCCUGAAUUCAGCUCUCGUUUAUCCCGAGACCGGUGCUCUUGGAUAUACCAUCCUUACCAGGUCCCAUUUUAUUCGUGACAGUGGUAAGGAUUCAGACACAGAGAGCGAAGAGGAAAACGGGGAGACUCGCAGGACGACAAUAUAUAAUAAACUAGGGGAGGUCAUCGCUGAGAUCGGAUGGAAGGGCAAACAGCCAAUAGAGAUUGUCAUCAGCAGGGAAAAAAUCAUCGGAGCGAAAGGGAUGUUUGGGUGCUCGAGUGCCAUAUUGUCUCGCAAUGUCCUCGGUAUACCUACACGCUUCGACACGGAAUACUUCUGGAUGGCAGCACCAGAUGCAUUAACGCUUCUUGACUAUGAUUCAAAUCAGACAAAAGGUUCUUUCCACACCAAUAGUAUGCGUGUGGGCGAACGCUUCAUUGCCGCUCCGAUACCCGGUCUGGGACAUGACUAUCUGGAGUUUGAAAUGCAUCCCCUCGCAUCAACAGAGGAACUCCUCGUUUCAUUCAUCCUGAUGGAAGUACUCCGCCGAAGUCGCUUCAAUCUCCAUACAGACUCAUCAGAUCGUUCGAAGCUCUGGCGGAGUACACCGCUCGCCAAUUGGGGCCGACGAUUACGACGCAGAUCUAUUUGAUCUGUUGGGCUUGAUGGUUUCUUAGAUUUUUCAUCGCUUUUCUGUUGCAUCUAUGUGCUUUCUUCCCUGCAUCUCUUGUAUAUUCAUACUCUGCUGGUCAUUGCUUUCGUUAACAUCACUCGUUCCUGUGUAGCUCUAUCGGUCAUAUCUCAUUUCGUUCAAUCUCGUGCAUUACUACUCUCUGGCGUUUAAUCGCCCUUUCAAUGUAAUACGGUACCGGUGCUGAGGAGGAUGCCUUCCAUCAGCAUGAGACUAAGGUACUGUAUUUAUACCUGAUAGGCUUGUUGCUCGUUAUCGUAUCAAUCGUCUUGUGUACUUAUACUAGCUCUGAAGCCUUGACGCGUGUUGUGUCUUCUUGCUACUGUCACAUGUUGACAAUUCGUCUAACAUCCCAAGCAUGGGAGCGGAUGCCAGACCGAAAUCUCCCUGCAUGUC